CUUUGUUUAUGCGCCCAGGCAAACGCUUCAUCAGGAGCUGGGAUCCAUGAUGACUGCAAGCUGAGGUUCGUGGAGCUCAAGUCCAAGAGGAUGCACCGCUUCAUAACCUACAGGCUGGAGAACCAGAAGGAGGUCAUUGUGGACCAAACUGGGGAGCGUGAGGCAACCUAUGAGGACUUCACCAAGACCCUCCCUGAGAACGACUGCCGAUUCGCAGUGUUUGACUUCGACUUCACCACCCCGGAGGAUGUGCCCAAGAGCAGGAUCUUCUAUAUCUUCUGGUCCCCGGACACGGCAAAGGUGAGGAGCAAGAUGACGUACGCGAGCACCAACGAGAAGUUCAAGAGGACCCUGGACGGCAUCCAGAUCGAGAUGCAGGCCACCGACCCCAGCGAAAUGAGCCUCGACGUGAUCAAGGAGCGCGCGCACUAAGGCAGAUCAUCCAAUGCCCUCGCAAUAUGGAUUUAUGUCAAAUAUAGAUUUGGCGGUGUGACUCUUGAAACUUUCUUGAUGAUUUGUGGCUUUGUUACCGUGUCGAAAGGCCCUCCUCCCGUGGUCCGUGUGGCCACGGAGGGCUUGCUCUAUCAUGUAAUCUGUUCUUUUUCUUGUGCCCAUUGAUAUGCCGGGCCUUAUGCUGCUGCACUGCACUGUUCUUCCAAGUUACGGUUAUAAAUAAUUAAAUGUUCUGUUUGGAUUCGUCA